ACCAUGGAUGAGGAAUCUUAAAUUCACACACGCACCUUUAUCCACCCCACUACUUCCUUCCAUCAAGCCGCUAAUUUGAAGAAAAUCCCAUUUCAAUCUCCAUCCUUUUUGUUAAAUUGAUUGAUCUGAUCUGAGUUUGAUUUUUCUUGGGUUUUUCCGCUGGGUGUUUAUGGCAGAUAGAGUGAAGCAAAUCUUGGCGAAGCCGAUCCAGUUGGCGGACCAGGUGAAGAAAGCGGCGGACGAGGCGAGUUCGUCUAAGCAGGAGUGUGCGGAGCUCAAAUCCAAGACAGAGAAGCUCGCUGGUUUGCUGCGGCAGGCGGCGCGUGCUAGUUCUGAUCUUUAUGAACGCCCCACGCGCCGGAUCAUUGACGACACCGAGCAGGUUUUGGAAAAAGCCCUCGCUUUGGUCCUUAAAUGCCGCGCCAAUGGGUUUAUGAAACGGGUUUUCACUAUUAUUCCGGCGGCGGCGUUUCGCAAAAUGUCUACUCAGCUUGAGAAUUCUAUUGGGGAUGUGUCCUGGCUCCUUCGGGUUUCUGCUUCAGCUGAUGAUCGGGACGAUGAGUACUUGGGUCUUCCUCCAAUUGCAGCGAACGAGCCGAUUUUGUGCCUUAUUUGGGAGCAUAUUGCGAUUCUUUAUAAUGGGUCCGUCGACGAUCGGUCUGAUGCCGCUGCUUCCUUGGUUUCGCUCGCAUCAGACAAUGAUCGGUACGGAAAGCUGAUCAUCGAGGAAGGAGGGAUUGGCCCGCUGUUGAAGUUGUUGAAAGAAGGGAAAGCGGAUGGUCAAGAGAACGCUGCGAGGGCAAUUGGGCUUCUCGGACGCGACCCGGAAAGCGUCGAAUAUUUGAUUCUUGCCGGGGUCUGUUCUGUGUUUGCGAAAAUCCUCAAAGAAGGUCCCAUGAAGGUCCAAGCCAUGGUUGCCUGGGCGGUGUCCGAGCUCGCCGGAAAUCACCCCCCAUGUCAAGAUUUAUUCUCCCAGCAUAACAUAAUCCGGUCGCUGGUUAGUCAUCUUGCUUUUGAGACUGUUGAAGAACACAGCAAGUACACCAUUGCUACCAACAAGGCCACAUCAAUCCACGCCCUUCUGAUGGCCAGCGGCAACAAUCCAAAUGUUAAUGACGGGAACCGAGUGAUUGACGAUGAUGAUAUGCUGAUUAGGUCUCGGAUACCACAUCCGAUGGGCAAUCAAACUCCGAAUCAGUUGCACAAUGUGGUCACAACAACAAUGCAAAUGAAGGUAGCCUCUAAGCAGCCUCAAACGCCAAGCAAUGGUACAAAUCAGACCAGUCAUGUCAGGAGCAAUAGCAAUAGCAAUCUGAAGCAAAUUCAUCAACCCCAUUAUCAACAGCACCUCCCUGUUUACGGGACUAAUUUCAAGGGGAGGGAGUUGGAAGAUCCUGCUACAAAAGCUAAAAUGAAGGCAAUGGCAGCAAGAGCUCUGUGGCAUCUUGCCAAGGAAAAUUCUGUAAUUUGCCGUAGUAUCACUGAGUCUAAAGCGCUUUUGUGCUUUGCUGUUCUGUUAGAGAAAGGAAAUGGAGAAAUUCAGUAUAAUUCAGCCAUGGCUUUGAUGGAGAUCACUGCAGUGGCAGAGACAGAUACUGAGUUGAGAAGAUCUGCAUUCAAACCCAAUUCCCCGGCUUGUAAGGCUGUUGUUGAUCAGUUAUUGAAGAUCAUUGAAAAAGCUGAUUCAAACCUCUUGAUACCCUGUAUCAAGGCUAUUGGCAAUUUGGCUAGGACUUUUAGAGCAACAGAAACAAGGAUAAUUGCUCCAUUGGUAGCACUUCUGGAUGAUAAGGAAGCUGUGGUUUCUAAUGAGGCUGUCCUUGCACUUACCAAGUUUGCUUGCUCAGAUAACUUUCUGCACACGGAUCACUCUAAGGCAAUUAUAAGUGCUGCAGGUGCAAGGCACUUAGUCCAGCUGGUGUAUUUUGGAGAACAACAAAUGGUUAAACACUCGGCAUCAAUUCUCCUAUGCUACAUCGCCCUCCAUGUCCCGGAUAGUGAGGAGCUUGCCCAGAAUGAGGUGCUCACUGUGCUUGAAUGGGCAUCCAAGCAACCCUUUUUAACCCAGGACCAGGAUGAGAAAGUGGAGGAAUUGUUUCAAGAUGCCAAAAGCAGAUUGGAGCUCUAUCAGUCUAGAGGUUCAAGGGGAAUUCUUUAAAUCAGUAAAUGCUCGUAUUGUAGUUCAUUCAUUGAAUUCAGUUUGCAAUCAUCUUGUUUUUGUUUCCCAUUCCUAAUUCUAAUGGAAUGUACAUACAGUUUGGGAUUCUCCGUAAUUUUGAUUAUAAGCAUCUUGAGUUUCCCCAAGUUGCAGCUUCUUUUUGUGCUUGCUGUUUUUCCAUUCGAUGAUGUUUUGUUUCACCUUUUUCUCAGAAGGAAUCAAAAUUGGUUAUGAAA